CCGCUGCCGUCACCGCGCUCUCCUCUCAGCGUCUCCGCUCCUCCCUCUCAAUAAGCAAAUGGACACGGGCGGAAGAUUUAGCGUCUCAGCUGUCACCGAUAUGAUGUAUCUCACAUUUUGUAUUCUCCAUGUACCGUAUGUUUUAUUUUCACUCUGUGUGCUUUUAUCUGCUGCGUGCUGGGAGAUAUAGUGCCUUGCCAAAGUAAACCAUACUCGAGAAGCAUAUAGAGCGUGGCCUCCUGUCUUCUUGUGAUCGAUGUAGCCCGGGUGAUCUCGAUGUAAGGGGCGUGGCCCUGGACACACACGACCCGGGCGCCGCUCCAGCCCUCAGAAUGCUGCAGGCCCUUCCUUGUUUACUCUGGCUGCGCUCGUAGAGAUUCAAUAAGAGAGCCUGGAUCAGAAUCAGGCAUACUUACUGUGGCAAGUCGCUGCAAAAAGGACACUUUAAUAAAAAAUACAAAAAAACCAAAAAAAAAAACAAAGCUGAUUCAUUGUGCAUAUAAUUUCAGAUAAGCUGUCAAUGACUAUUUUAAAGUUAAAUUGAGUGUAACACAGAUUUAAGGAGGUUGUUUUCCAGCUGAUGCCAUCUCUCAUUUGAGAUUUAGCAGAACAGAAAGCCGGGGCCAAACGGAGCCGAGAUGCAUUAGGAGUGAAACACCCUUUUUAAUUACUUAAGCUGGAAGUCUUUUGUUCUCAAACAAGAUAAUGCACUAUAAUGCAAAAUUUGCUGUUAGCACCGCAAUCUUCAUGGAAACAAGCAACAAAGACCCUGAUAGAACUUUAAAAAAUAUAUAUAUAUAUCUACCACAUUCCCACAAUAAGGGGAUUGAAGUUAUUGAACUGUUUUUUUUUAAUUUACUAUUUACCUUUAAAGAGUUUAUGUUUUGUACACAAUAAUUACUUAUCCAUAUUAAGCUUUGAAGUAAUCAAUUUAAAAGUCUCACUGUGGUACAAAUAGAUUGGCUGUAUCAAUUUCUGCCAGUCAUUAUAAGUAAAAACAGUCACCUUUGUGGUGCAAAGAAUGAUAAUGUGAUCUGUACCUACCCGAUCAAAACAUUUGCUGUUUCAAAUUUUCAACUUGGAAAAAAAAAAAAAACAGCUCCUCCAACCCACAUCCAAUCUGCACAAGCUCAAUCACAGAUGCCAUUUGGAUGGAAGCUCACCUUAAAUGCCUUCGCAUACUAUAAACCGGUGUGUCUCGCAAAGCAAAUCAAGUGUUUGUUCCCUGCCUCACAGGGAAGGUGGGAGGCCUCAAAGUAAAUCUUUAAAUUAACAUCUUCAGCUCAUCUGUUUAGCCACUUAUUCACAGUUGCAGCCUGAAAGGGCAUCACACGUUUGAACACACAAAAAAAUGAAAAGCAACACCCCCUCAAUCUCAGGUCCCUGAAUAAGAGGGAAGAAUCUCGAGGGCCAUUAUCUCUGUUUCUGUUCACUUCUGAUGCAUUUUGCCUUUUUUCUUCUUCUAAAGUGAGGCUGCUGACAGAGCUCCUUUGUGAGCCUCUGUCUGAUCUCUUGCUCUGCUGUGUGCUGCACACAGCCCAUCAGGUGGCAAUAUGGAGCCAGGCAUGCAGGUCUGUCCACAGUCCACACACACAAGGCAUCCUUUUAAACGUCAGCCUGUCCUCGGGUUCACAGUCAAGUUGUUUUGGGCUGCAGGGGUGGCCGGCUGAUUAAAGUCACUGUCCUGUAACCUGAACAGCCCAGCCGGCUUCAUUCAUUACACCCCCAAGCGGCUGUGAUAAUAGACUCAUUGUGCUGUGGUUGCAGUUAAAAUGUUACCAGCCACUGGGCGGGACCUGUUAUCUUCACCACGAAGGAGUGUUUAGGGUGUAAACGCAGCCAAUGAGUAGGCAAAAACCUUACUUGUUGUAGUUGAGGUCACCAGGCAGCAUGUGGCUGGAUUUGUGUUACCUGCCCCUGUUGCUCAGUCCACACACCUGAUUCUUAUCAGCCUUAAUAGCAGCGCUUGUUUAGCAUCAGCUGCAAGCAGGAGCCUCCACCUGAACAGAAUGAGCCUGGAUUUCCUGCAUGUGGACUUUUUGCCCCCGGCUGUUUAGCUUCAUAUCACUGCUGAGGAUUACAGGUAGGAGGAAGAGAAGAUGACAGGGGGGCGAAGACGAGUGGGGCUGCUCCGAGGUUUACCCCGGCUCUCCGCUGUUAUAAGAUCGAUGAAAAUGCGACGGCACAGGGUGUUCUUGCUGUGCACGGUGGGCCUGUGCGUCAUCUCCUUCCUCCACUACUACAAGGCCCUCCACUACGUCUCCCUGCUGCGCGAGCUCUCCGCCCCAUACCCCAACAUCAAGUCCUUCAUCAUGGUCACCGGCUUCUUCUGGAGGGAGAGGGGCGUGGCCACCACUCCGCUCAGCCCCGCCUCCCCGGAAGAGGCCCCACCCCCGCCGGUGCUCCGCCUGUCUGACAGCAAACCCAGAGGGGCAGCGGGCGCUGUGGGUGGAGGAGGUGGAGGAGGAGGAGGUGGCGGCGGCGGCGUGAUGGGGCUGGGGAUGGGUGGCGUCGUGGUCGGAGGUCCAGGAAUUGUUGGCAAGGCGGGGCUGGAGAUGAGGCUGGAGGCGGAGCCAGCGCCGCCUCAUCCCUGGGAGAAACCAGAGGAGAACAAGAGGGGAGACACUCCGAGUGAGGAAAGAGGUGAGGACCACAUGAAGCCGUGGUACCCCAGCCACCCAGCCCAGCCUGCCAUGCCAGAUCUCCCAGCAGAGAAUGCCCUGGCUGGGAAGGAGCAUCGGGUGGUGUUCCUCAAGGAUCAGGACCCCUUAGAAUCCUUGGGAGACCUCCACACCCGCACUCACAUUCUUCAGGACGACAAAACACCUUACUUUGUCCGAACCAAAGCUGGAGCCCUCUGCUUCAGGCAGGGGACGGAGGUGGCUACUCCAAGGGAGGACUCUGGGAAAUCAGGGGGCCCGGUGGCCACUGGAGCUGGGGCAGGAUCCCGGGCUGGGGCCGCUGCGCAGCGGAAACCCCUGGAGGCCCAGCAGCAGCCCUCCACUGCCAUCCCUCCCAAAGCCAAGCCCAGGGCCAGGGGCGGCAAGCGGCUGGUCAAGUGUGUGUGUCGACCGGGGUGGCACGGACCUUACUGUGGGGUUCCCACCAUGGUUUACCACUCCAAUCUGCCCACCAAGGAGCGGCUGACACCGAGGGAGACGCCGCGGAGAGUAAUCAACGCCAUCAAUGUCAAUCACGAGUUCGACCUGCUGCAUGUGCGCUUCCAUGAGCUGGCACAGGCCGUGGAUCUGUUCCUUGUUUGUGAGUCCAACUACACUGCCUAUGGAGAGAAACGGCCUCUGAGUUUCUUGCGCCUCCUCCUCAACGGUACGUACGACUACAUACGGCACAAGAUCCUCUACGUGUUCCUGGACCAUUUCCCGGAGGGCGGGCGGCAGGACGGCUGGAUCGCUGACGACUACUUGCGAACCUUCCUGACCCGCAACGGCAUGUCCAGGGUGGUGGGCGCCAGGACGGACGACGUCUUUGUCAUCAACGACGCCGAUGAAAUCCCGGCGCACGAGGGCCUCGUCUUCCUCAAGCUGUUUGAUGGCUGGACCGAACCCUUUGCCAUCCAUAUGCGCAAGUCCCUGUACGGGUUCUUCUGGAAGCAGCUCGGCUCCCUCGAGGUGGUGUCCGGCUGCACUCUGGGGAUGCUGCGGGACGUCUACGACGGCGACGGCAUCCGCCUGCGCCGCCGCGAGUACUACACCAUGCCGGGCUUCCGCAAGUACGAGAACGACACGGGCCACAUCCUGGUGCAGUGGUCGGUGGGCAGCCCCUUCCACUUCGCCGGCUGGCACUGCUCCUGGUGCUUCACGCCCGAGGGCAUCCACUUCAAGCUGGUGUCGGCGCAGAACGGAGACUUCCCGCGCUGGGGCGACUACGAGGACAAGCGCGACCUCAACUACAUCCGCGACCUGAUCCGCACGGGCGGCUGGUUCGACGGCUCGCUGCAGGAGUACCCGCCCACGGACCCCAAAGAGCACAUGUACGCGCCCAAGUACAUGCUGGAGCACUAUGACAGGUACCGCUACCUCCUGGAGAACCCGUACGUCAACGCGCGCGCGCCCAGCGAGCGCUAGCAGCUCCGACGGGAAGGACGAGCGAAUCGGCCGGUCAGGCCCGAGCGAUUCGAAGCCUCAGCACUGAUUGUGGGGUUGGUGGGGGGGGGGCGGGACGAUACCUACGAUGAACUACACCUCUUACGUGGAGCGAUACAGGCAGCACUGACGUUGCAGGGAUGUAAAAAUCCUCCUUGGAAAAAAUUCGUUUGGGGUUUAAAAAGGGAAUCACACUCACCGUGGAUUUGUGCCGAGAGCGUUGUGAGGAUAUAACCACUGGAUAAAUAAAAUCAUUGAUUUCCUCAUCCUCCCCUUUUCGCGGGGGGGGGCGGGCCAGACGCUCUCAUGUCGUCGCCCUUCCUCCCUUUCCACCCUUUUUCCUCCCUUUCCUCCUCACCUCAGCCUUGCUCUCGAUUCGACGCGGGGUGAGGCCGCCACGGUGGCGAGCGAGGGACAUUUCGUGGGCGUGUGAAACCUGUGGAGAAAAAACAAAAAAAACAAAAAACAAAACAAAACUAGGAAGCAAAGGACCGUUUUUUCUUUUUUUUGUUUGUUUGUUUCUGUCAAUGUUUACUUCGCUGUACGGACUGACCCGAUGCCCCCCACGCCCCCCCGCAACUCGCCGCCCGCCACCCGCCGCCCUCGGAUGUCUUCCUGUCAUAUUCGGCGACCUCCCUCCAGAAGCACUCGCUGCACACACACUCCCACUUCACGCUUUUUACUUGGGUCAGCCUCGAGAAUCAUAAUUCACAUUGAUGCCCUUUUUUUUUUUUUUUUUUUCCUCGCCGAAAUCGGAACGGACUACGCGGAGCCAUCUCAGCGGUGGCGGUGUGCGCGGCCGGACUCUCCAGAAUGACGCUCACACUCAUCCACAUGUACCUCUGUCCUUGUGUGUGUGUGUGUGUGCGCAUGUGUAGUGUGUGUGUGGUCUGUCUAGUAACAUAUUUGAGCGAGGCGAUGGGCCGCGAAGGGGGGACAAGAUCAGAGACAGGAGGCAGAGAGAGAGAAAGAUGAAGGGGGCGGGGUGGCGGACCGCGGCGGAGGAGGAGGAGGAGGAGGAGGAGGAGGUGUAAAGGAGCCAGAGGAAGAUGGGAGAAAAAAUAUCUUGAAAGAUUUUGAGGGGGAGGGAGGCAGGAAGAAAGGAGGAAGACGAGGGAGGAAGAGCGGUGAUGAAACAGGGAGGAAAGGAGGCUCUCUCAUUCCCCGUCCCGCAGUGUCUGCUGACACAGACAUGAGUGUGCAUAAACCGUGUGUGUGUGUGUGUGUGUGUGUGUGUGUGUGCGCUCUGAGGGACUCUCUCACACACACACACACACACACACACCGCUCUGAAUAAAUCUGUCAGUGGAUGUUUGUCCGGUGUGAGCCAUCACGGCCAGUUUUGGGGGGAAAGGAUCACCCUUCUCUUUCUGUCUGUCUGGCAGCUGAUGUGACUUUGUUUCCGUGGUAACGGAAGCGGACGGGCGGGGGUUAAGCGGGUGAGGGGGAAGUGGGUGGGGUCACACGAGGCGAGGCGAGGCGCUGCAGCGUUCAGAUGAGGUCGGCCCGUCCUCUGAGAGAGACGCACAGCAGCUUAAAUAUUCUCUCUCGUCUCCUCUCGCAAAAUUUCAGAAUCUCUGUUUUUCAGCCACUCUCUCUCUCCAACCCCGUCCACACACACACACACACACACACACACAAUACCUGCUCCGUCUGCAGUGUGUAUGCAUUUCCUCUCAGUCCUCAGAAAAUGUCUGUCAAUAACAAGGUGAUUUUUUUUUUCCUGUUUGCCUCAAUUAUUUCGCUCCCUUUCUGUCAAAAUCUUGCUCCACACUGCACACACACACACACACACACACACACCCAUGCAGUGUCUCUCGCUCUCGAUUUCGGGUGUGUAUCCGUUUACUCUUAAUCCCCAGAAGAAUGCCUCGUGUCAAUAAUAGGGGUGCAUUUGUCUCCUCUCCGCCUCAUUUCUCUCCUCCUCUCUUUACAGGGUAGGGCAGCCGUUGCCAUGGCGAUGCCUUCCCCUUGCCCACAUAUCACUAUCAUCUGCACAUUUAGGCAUGAGCGCUCUCGCCGUGCCCUAGAUGGCUGUCAUUGGCAGGCGUCGCCUCGGGGAGACGUGAGCGGAUCGACGGGGUUUUUUUUUUUUUUUUUUUUUUUUUUUUCGAGAGGACGGCUCUCAGAACGCGCACCAGCCUGUCCGGUUUUCCACUCCGCUAUUUUUAGCGGCGCGUGUCCCGGCAAAGCGUCCUUGACCGAGCCCGAGAACAAACAUCCACCUGGGGUAGGGCGGCAGGGCUCCCCGAGGGAAAGAGAGAUCAUAAGUUUGAUGCCCCCCUUGCAACUUUAAUCAACAGCUCGCUCUAAAUAAAGGAAACAGGUUGAGGUGUCAGGCGUGUAAACUCAAACACACAGGGUUUUUAAAAACAUGAAGACGGACGCUGUUGGAGCCUGACCUAGAUCACACUGCAAAAACUCAGAAUCCUACCAAGAAUAUUUGUCUCAUUUCUAGU